AUUGUUAAUUCCUAAUAAUAGACGCUCGUCAAGGUCAAGCAAAUAGAGCAAAAUGGAAAAGCAAAGAAGGCAAAGGACGACCUGCCCAGUACCAGCUGCCCAUUGCCAUUGUUGCCUUCUCUCCAGAACGCGGCGUUGAAUGAUGACGACGAACGCCCACUAUCUCCCGGAGUCAAACCCCUCCCCACCUCCUACAUUAUCCACGAAUCAGAAGGUGUCUCACCUUUUGUUCUUUUAUCACAUCAGGUGCGCGCUCGAUCUCGAUUUCUUGAUUCUUGAUAUGGUGGCAGAGGAAGAUGUUGAUUUGUCAACCUUAAAGUCUCAACUAAGCCAAACACAUUUAAUGUGGAAGCAGGAGAUGGAACGACGCCAAUCCCAAGUGGAUGCAUUGCAAUCAAGGCUUUUGGAGGUAAAGGCUUGUAUAAAAGGAUCUGAGGAAGAUGCUAGGAAGGAGUUAGACGUUCUUUGGCGAAGAGUCAAAACUACUGCAACAUUGUUGACCUACUUGAAAUCCAAAGCGAGAAUCAUGGCUGUUCCCCAUUUAGCACAUACAUCAUGUGGCAUUAGACACUUAGAAGGAGUGGGCCUUGUGGAUAAAAAUGGUAUACCAUUGUCUAGUUGGUCUAGGAAUGUUGAUCUUUCUUCCUUUGACAGUCCUGAUGAGGACACAUGGAUCAAAAUCAGUAGUCAGCAGGGUUCUUUUGAUGAGCAAGAUGAAGCUUAUAUUGGUGAAAUACUCAAGUCUGUGCAGAUGGUCACUGAUGUCAUGGAAGCUCUGGUUAAGAGAGUUAUUAUGGCAGAAUCUGAAACUGAUAUUGAGAAAGAGAAGGCAACUUUAGGUCGGGAAGAAAUUAAAAAGAAGGUUGUCCAAAUUGAGAACAUGUCUACAAAGCUAGAGGAGAUGGAAAGAUUUGCCCUGGGCACGAAUUGUAUUCUAAAUGAGAUGCGACAGAGGGUCGAGGAUUUGGUUGAGGAAACAUCUAGACAGAGGCAACGAGCUGCAGAAAAUGAACAGGAGCUUUGUCGUGUAAAACAGGACUUUGAGUCUCUAAAAUCUUAUGUUAGUAGCCUCAUCAGUGUUAGAGAGACACUUCUUUCAUCAGAAAAACAGUUUCAAACAAUUGAGAGACUUUUUGAACGACUAGUUGCAAAGACAACACAGUUAGAGGGUGAGAAAAUGCAGAAAGAGGCCGAGGUUCAGAAACUUGUGGAAGAGAAAAUGCAAAAAGAGGCUGAAGUUCAGAAACUUAUGGAAGAAAAUGUAAGGUUGAGUGCUCUUCUGGACAAGAAAGAGGCCCAGCUCUUGGCCAUGAAUGAACAAUGCAAGGUAAUGGCUCUGAGUGCUUCAACUAUCUGAUAAGUUUGGUGGCCGAUGUUUGCUCAACUGCCUUUUGGCUGGCUCUUGCGAUUGUGGUUCAACCCCAGAAGCUGACGGACCCAGAAGAGUCAUGAAAAUGUGUCAAAUUGGAUUGUAGAGUUUGACCAGGAUCUUUUGUUUUUGAAUUUUUAUUUUUUGUGGUUUUAAAAAUGUACCAUUUGGAAGAGCCCUGUGUACAUUUUAUCUGGUGGGUGCUAAUAUGGCGCUGUCGGCAAACUGAAACCACCAAGUAAAAUUUUUUUUUUUUGCCCUUUUUUGGAAUGGAAACUUGAUGUUAACAAA